ACGUGGCUUGUGCCGGACCUCGAGGGGAAACUUGGUGCCAUAGAGAUCCUUAGAUCCUGCCUUUGCUCUUCAGUUGCUGCUGGAUACCGUGCAAAGAGCGUGGCCUCCAAGCACAUGGAUUUUGGAAUCGUUGCAGAGAAGGAGAACGUGCAGCUGCAGGAUAGGAAUGAGAGGCUGGGACAGCUCGGAGACCUGCCCGAGAGGAUGGGGAAGCUGGCUGGCUCCAAACCAGAUCUGUCAGCCAGAACAGGCUUCAGUGAAGAGGAAAAACUGAAGUUUUCCAAAGACCUCGUUGAUCUCCAGAUCGAGACAAACAAAAUGAAGGAGCAGUACGAGACGGAGAACUUUGAACUGAAAAACAUGAUCCUGGCUCUGGAGACCCGUGUGCUGGAGCUGGAGCUCUGCAGUGAGAAGGUCAGUGGGGAGCGAGAUGCCUUGCGGGAAGGCCUGCGUGCUCUGGAGACCAGCCGGAAGGAGCUGGCUGAUGAGUACAUCAUUCUGAAAAGCAAUUACCUGGCCCUAGGCAAAGAACUGGACCAGGAGGUCAUGAAGAAUGAAGAGCUCAGCCGAGAGCUGCUCAGCCUGGCCAAUGCCAACCGCUCCCCUGCCACAGCUGGUGAACCCUCUGCCGAGCUGGGAAGAGUGAGAGCAAUGGUGCACCCCCUCUCCGCUCAGAAGGUGAAGUUGCUUGGAAACCAGAAUCACAUAAAAGUGGAGCUUGCAAAACUGAAGAAAACCUAUGAUUUGCAGCAACAGAAGCUGGAAGAGAGAGUGAUGGCAAUGGGGAAGGAGCUGCAGGAGGCGAAAGGCACGACUGGGGACACCCAGCGCAAGCUGGCGGAGCAGUCAGCGGUGCUGCUCAGCUCCCAGAGUCAGCUCCAAGAUGUGGAGGCAGAAAACUCCCAGCUGCAGCUCCGGCUGAAGGAGCUGAACGAGGAAUAUCGCUCCCGGCUGGCACAGUACAUCAAGGAUGUGGCGGACUUCAUGGACAGCAAAGCCAGCAAUGUCAUGGGGCCUAGCAAAGCCCCAGCUGCUCAUGCUCCAAUGAAACGCUUUGUGGACAGCAUGCUGAAAGACAUCAGGGCUUCCUACAGGACUCGGGAGGAGCAGCUAGCCAGAGCGGCACGUGGCUACAAGAAACGCAUGAAGGACUUGGUCAAGAAGCAUGAGAACCUGCUCAUUGCUUAUGGGCUCCAGCGAGAGCAGAUCCGGUCCUUGGGCAGCACCGCUGCAGACUGUGGCCCUGCCGAGCUCCACUUUUCCAUCACAGACCCAGAGCUGCUGACAAACACCACCCAGGAGCUAAACCGGCUGCGGGAGGAUAAAGCAAAACUGGAAAUGCAGCUACAUGAGCUGCAGAAGAAAAGCCUGAAAGAAACCUCAGCCUUUUCACUGGCUUCUGAGCAGCCACUGGAUGAGGAGGGCUGGGCAGAGGUCAGGAAGCAGCUCCAGGAGUUCACACACACCACCCAGGAGGAUUUGGAGCAGGAGAGAAGCCAGCUGCUGACUCGGGCCAUUGUGGCAGAAGAGCAGGUGUCAGAGCUGCAGGAAUACGUAGACAAGCAUCUUGCAAGGUACAAGCAGGAGAUCCUCCAGCUGAGGAAGCCGCGUGUGCUCAGUGCUGGGGCAGCCGAUACCCACUCGCUGCCCAGAGCCAGGACUGUCAGACAUGAACCGUAGCUCUCCACCACGGCUCUGAGGAGCAGGAAGAGCAGGAUUCCAAAGGAAGGAGCUUUCUGUUUUGUGGACUGGCCAGGGCACGCAUCCUUCCCUUGCUGAGAGCUGGGAGGCACAGCAAGGGCAACCACGUGGGUGUUCUGGGUCUCAAAUUCACAGCACUAACAUGAGACAAGACAACUGUGUCUCAUCUAUCCUGACCCCUCAG